GCGGAGGGGCUCUGACAGGACGGGUCGAAAGGGGUCGUCCGGUAGGAACUGGGCGUCGAGAAUCCCGGGUGCCAGCGCCAGAGCAGCGGCUCUCCGUACUAAUUCCUCUCCUGGUCAGCCGUAGCCCCAGCCGCAGAGCCCGGCAACUCUCAGCCAUCGCCCGCGCAGCCCCGAGGGCCCCUCGCCUCACCUGUGCGUGUCGCGCCCCGCGCGCGCUGUCCGGCUGUGGAGAUGAGCGAGCUUAAUACCGAAACAUCCCCAGCAACCAACCAGGCAGCUGGCCCAGAGGAAAAAGGAAAAGCUGGCAAUGCCAAGAAGGCAGAGGAGGAGGAGGAGAUUGACAUUGAUCUGACAGCACCAGAAACAGAGAAGGCUGCCCUUGCUAUUCAGGGCAAGUUUCGGCGAUUUCAGAAAAGGAAAAAGGAUCCCAGCUCCUGAAUGGCCAGCCUUGCCCUUCACCUUCCCCCUGGCCCCUUCUCUCCCCUUCUUCACAGCCCUGACUCCCGUGCAUCUUUGUCCCUUGUCCCUCCAGCCUUUCCUUGAGGCAAGUUCAACCCUUAUAUAUUCUUGUAUCUGGCCCCCUUAAGCCAUCACAGAAGUAGAGGCACAAGAGAGGUGGAGAAGAUGAAGACUUCAAUCAGCAGCCACUUGUCUAAGGGUGGAACAAUUUCUUCUUGGGAUAAGGUUCUUUGAUCAGUAGCUAUGCCUGUCCUGUAGAAUUAAACAAGAGGCUCUGAGGCUGAGAGAGCUCCCCAACUGCAAUGUGGGAAGGAGGGGAAGGCCUUCAAAGUAGGGUACUUGAGGGUGGAACAUAUGCACUGUUCUGCUAGUUACAGCAUUCACACUUCAGGUAACAUUUUUUUCCCCUUUCAGAUCCUUCUGCACCAACUCCAACUUCCCCUCCCAGGAUCUAAGCCACAGUGGGGAUGGGGGCCUCCCUUUCUCCCUAGGCAGACCUCAAUCAAGCAGCUUACCACAUAGUGCAUGCUAAAUAGAUUAGUUCCAAGGAAGGGAGACUGGAAUGGUGGUGUCAAGGAAAACGCUCCCUCAUCAUCUAGUCUAGGACCAUAAGGGGCAGAAGCAGAAGAGGUUCUAGGGCCCCAGGCCGGGGAAUGAGAAGUAGGGUAGAUAUAGGGAGGAAAGAACAGUGAAGAAGCGGGGCCGGGCACGGUGGCUCACACCUGUAAUCCCAGCACCUUGGGAGGCUG